UCAAGGGGACGCAGCUUGUCGUGAAAAGGGGAGGGCCUUCGGGGGACUGUUUUUAUUUAUUUCUUUGUUUCAUGUGCAUAAAACAACAACAAUGGUGGAUAAUUGAAGAAGUGUGAAUAUAAGGAUGAGCGAAUGACAUUUCCAGUUCCAGUUACCAGACCGAUAUCACAAGUGAAUCAACAGGGGGAGGAUGAAGCGGCGCAAUGCGGACUGCAGCAAACUCCGACGGCCGUUAAAACGGAACCGAAUCACCGAGGGUAUAUAUAGCAGUACCUUCCUGUACCUGAAGUUCCUGGUAGUGUGGGUUUUAGUUCUGCUGGCCGACUUUGUGCUGGAGUUCAGGUUCGAGUACCUGUGGCCUUUCUGGCUUUUUAUUCGCAGUGUCUACGACUCCUUCAGAUAUCAGGGACUGGCGUUCUCUGUGUUCUUUGUAUGUGUGGCGUUUACGUCCGACAUCAUCUGCCUCCUCUUCAUCCCUGUCCAAUGGCUGUUUUUUGCUGCCAGCACCUACGUAUGGGUCCAGUAUGUCUGGCACACAGAAAGGGGAGUCUGUCUACCCACUGUAUCGCUGUGGAUCCUUUUUGUGUACAUCGAAGCGGCCAUAAGGUUCAAAGAUCUGAAGAACUUUCACGUAGACCUGUGUCGACCCUUUGCUGCUCACUGCAUCGGCUAUCCAGUGGUGACUCUGGGCUUCGGCUUUAAGAGCUACGUUAGCUACAAGAUGCGACUUAGGAAACAGAAGGAAGUGCAGAAGGAGAAUGAAUUCUACAUGCAGCUCCUACUGCAGGCCUUACCGCCGGAGCAACAGAUGCUGCAGAGACAGGAGAGGGAGGCAGAGGAAGCUGCUUUAGCUAAAGGGAUCUCCGAGGUGGAACCCACAGUUAUAUCCCAAAACGGAGCACCUCCCGGAAAGAAAAGCACUUCAGUCCCGCUACCAGAACUGGAGUACCGGGAAAAAGGGAAGGACAGUACUGUUAAAGAGCGUGAGGGCAAAAAGCAAAACACAAUCGGUAUCAAUAACAACACUAUUAUACACACACUGGACUCCAAACUACAGGAGACAGAGUACAUAGAGAACUACGUGGGGGCCAAGAGACUGAAUAACGACCUGGCAGGAGAGAACACACACGCCGAUGGCAACACCAACACACACUCUGCUCCUAAAGAGGAAAUUGGGGGGACAGGGAAGAACUGCAAAAAUGGCAGCGGAGGCGGGGGCAACAUUUCCAACUCGUCUCCACGGAAUCACAGUUCUUCAAAUGGCAGCGUGCCGCCAGGUCCCUCGAGCAAUAGGAAUGAGAAGAAGCAGAAGGGGGCAGGGAAGGGGCAGAAGGACCCAGUGGAGAACUGCAUCCCCAACAACCAGCUGGGCAAGCCGGACGCUCUUGUACGGCUGGAACAGGAUGUAAAGCGACUGAAGGCAGACCUUCAGGCCAACAGGCAGUUGGAGUCGGAGCUGCGGAGUCAGCUUUCCUCUCUGAGCAGCCAGGACCGCAGCCUGCGCUCUGAACUGGGCCAGCUCCGCCAGGACAACGAGCUGCUACAGAACAAGCUCCACAGUGCUGUCCAGGCCAAGCAGAAGGACAAGCAGACCAUCUCCCAGCUGGAGAAGAGGCUAAAGGCCGAGCAGGAGGCUCGCGCCCUGGCUGAGAAACAGCUGGCCGAGGAGAGGAAGAGGAAGAAGAUGGAGGAAGCCACUGCCGCCAGAGCCGUAGCAUUAGCUGCUGCCACCAGAGUGGAGUCGACCGACUCUCUGCGUGGUCGCAUCAGAGAGCUGGAGACGGAGUGUAAGAAGCUCAGCAUGGACAUGAAACUUAAGGAGGAGCAGAUUAGGGAUCUAGAGGGCAAGUGUCAGGAGCUGCGGAAGUAUAAAGAGAAUGAGAAGGACACCGAGGUGUUGAUGUCAGCGCUGUCGGCCAUGCAGGAGAAGACCCAGCACCUGGAGAACAGCCUGAGUGCUGAGACCAGAAUCAAACUGGACCUCUUCUCUGCACUGGGGGAUGCCAAGAGGCAGCUGGAGAUAGCACAAGGCCAGAUCCACCAGAGGGAGCAGGAGAUCGCCGAGCUGAAGCAGAAGAUAGCCGAGGUGAUGGCAGUGAUGCCCAGCCUGUCCUACUCGUCAGACGGCAGCAACCUCAGCCCCGUCACCCCGCACUACUCCUCCAAGUUCAUGGACAAUAGUCCCUCCUCCCUGGACCCCAACGCCUCAGUCUACCAGCCCCUCAAAAAGUGACUCGGAGAUCUCCACUUUUAGUCAGACAGAACUUUGUUUCUUGCUUUCCUUUGGUGAAGCACUCAGUUCCGGUGUGGGUUAUUUGUGAGUUUACCCACCCUUGACAGUUUUUACAUUCUAAUGUACGACACACACACAGGACACACAACCCCUCCACCCCUACUUAUUUGUAUUUGGCUCCUUUUUUUUUGUUCUAUUCUGUGAACUAUUCUUUUGAGAGGGUUGUGUACAAUAUGACUUUUUUUGUGUUGAGUUUUGGGAUUUAGCCAUUGGACAGCGUGGUCUGUUUGAAUGGGAGAAAGGAACACACAAUCCAGUUGGCCAAGGGCCCCCAUGCAUCACUUCAUGUCCGUCUGUCAUGUCCUGACCCCCCCGAGCCAUAUCUAAUUCUAUAGUGAAGGUUUCAUUUAAAAACAAUUGGCUUUUCCC